AUUGACUUUUGACAACUUCGAUUUUCAAAUUAGUCAGCUUUCAACGGUUUUCCAAAUUGUUUUGAAUUUGAUUUGUCCAGUUUCUAGUUAUUGUUUGUAUUGAAGGAAAAAAUAAAAGUUAUUUAAAAAUAAGUAGAUUGUAAGAUGUCAAGUUUAAGGGCGGCAUCGCCCGCUCAUUCGUUGGAUCUGAAGUCACCACGCCGUCAACGGUCUCGUCGCACAAGGAGUGUAAGCUCAGCAGCAUCUAACACUUCAGUGCGCCUUACAGCAGUCCUGCAAGAUUCAUUCCAAUUGUCACCUGUGCCAACGGGAAGAUCAAUGCUCAAUGAUGGGACACACAUUGAUGAACCUGCCAGCCAAAGUUGGUGGAAGCAAAUAGAUGCCAACUCCAGAAAUUUAUCUGAGAUUAUGGAACAAAGAGACAAUGAAGCAAUUGUGAAAGAUACAAAUAUUGCAGAGAUAUUUGAUUUUGAAAUCUUAAGCCAAGAAAAUGAAAAUAUCAGUGUAGAUAUGCCAGAAAGCAGUGAUGGUGAAUCUAUUCAAAGUAUAAUUAUUCCUCAACAUAAAAUAUUCAGAAAUCAUGAUGACCAACCUCAAAAGAUGAUAAAAACAAAACUAAUCAACAAUAAAGAAAAUUUAGUUAAGACGCAAAAAAGUUACUUUGAUCAGACAACUACAGACCAGGAAAUCAAUGUUAUACCAAAAAAACUUUUUAAUCAGGGAAAACAGAAAACAAAACCUGUGUUCUCUACAGCACUACUUAGUGCAUCAGCAAACAAAACUAUGAGUAAAAGUCCUGAAAAAUCUACAAAAGAAAUACAUGGUCAAGUACGUAAUCUUUUUAGUAACAAACCUGGUGCUAAACGUAAACACACAUUUGGUGCUUUUCUUUUGAAUGACAGUGAAGAUGAUAUCCCAGAUAUACAACCUAAAGUUUUCAGAUUCCCGAAAAAAAUAGAAAACUCACAGAUAUUGAAACAACAUAGAAGGUCGACUUCUCAUAGUUCAGUCCAUUCAUCUACAUCUAAUAUUACUGAUGUAGAAAUGGAUGAAUGGGAACAUCUUCCUUCAUCAACAAUGGUUGAGCAUCAGUUUGAUGUUGGUGAAAUAACAGAAGAAUUACUUGUAGUUAACAGACAAUCUCAAACUAAAAGAAACAGUAAGGUAACAGAUGCUAAUGAAUCUCCUAAAGAAACUUCAAUAAGAAAUAUGUCAAUACAUGUAGAAGAUAUUCCAACUAAUAAAACAAUGAAUAAUGAAAAUUUACACACAUCCAAGAAAAUUAUUCAGGCACAAAGGUCAAACAAUUCAAAUGCCAAAGAUGCCAUUAAUACAAAAGUUCAAGAACUUCAAUUUACUAACACAACUUCUCAAGUUCUAAAUAUAGCAGAAACUGGCAGUAAUUUUGUGAUAAAUGAUAAUAAAUCUUUUAAAGAAACUUCAGUCAGAAAUACAUCUAAACAUAUACAAGACAUUUCAACUAAUAAAACAAGGAAUGACCAAAAUAUUUUAAAUAAAUCCAAAGAAAAUAUUCAGGUUCAUGGCAACAUUUCAAAUGCCAAAGAAAUCUCUGUGAAAAGUAAAUCAAAACUUGUAGAAGAUAUUUCAAGUAAUAAGACAUUAAAUGAAGAAAGCCUUUUAAACAAAUCCAAGAAAUUAAUUCAGGCGCAGACAUCAAGGAAUUCAAAUUCUAAAGUAAUUCACACAGAAGCUAAAGAGUUACAAUUAAUUAACACAACUGCUCAGAGUUCAAACCAAUCAAAAAAUAACAAUAAACUAAUGAUAAAUCAGACUAAAUCUCAAAGUGAAACUCCUGUUGAAAAUGUUUCAAAAUGUGUAAAGGAUGGUUCUGAUAAAACUAUAGUCGAAGAAAUUAUUGAAAUGGACUUGGAUGAUAAUGAAAAUGAACAAACACUUAUAAAUGAAUGUCCGGAUGAUUAUGAAAACUUCACUUUAGUAUAUGAAGAUGAACAACUUUCCGAUGUAAAUGAUAAGGAAAUACGUGAUAGUCAAAGACAAGAUGUCACUGAACACGAAAACGUAGAAAUGAACGAUCAAAUUGAAGAAGAAAAUAAAAAUAAAGUAGAUAAUCACGAAAAAGAAGAAUAUACACAAGAAAACCUCGAAGAAAAUAAAAGUAAACAAGAAUAUAGUAAUCCAGACAAUUUUGAAAAUAAUGAGGAAGAAAAUGAAAAUGUUGCUGUCAAUAUUGAUAAAGAUGGACAAACGAAUGAAAACCCAAAUAAAUCACCGAACGUGUCUUACGACACUACUGGAAGAUUCAGGAAAAAUAAACGCAAUACUAAAUCUCCGGAAGCUGUGUUACACGAUAAAAUUAAUCGAGAAGAAAUAUUCUCUAGUCUACGUCACAAUAAAACGUUAGUAAGAUCAAAAACCAUUAUUAAAGACCUUGAUGUACAACCGAGUUUUGCCUCCUAUAGGGAAAGUACAGGACUAACAGAUGGGUCUAUAAAUUCUAGCGCUGAAGGUUCAGGUUGGGAUUCGCACAGAACUACUCGUAAAACAUUACGGCAAACUUUCGGAAAAGAUUUUACGCCGAGGAAAUCUAUGCGUGCUCUUGUUAUGGAACGAUCGGCAAAACGACAAACCAAUCCAGAUCUUGAAUCAAAUAAGUCCAAACGUCAGACCAAUUUUAAUGAAUCUACAAAUAAAACUAGACUACAGGACAAUUUGAACGAUAUUACAUCGGGUACAAUGAGAAGGCCUAUUGCGAAUUCAACAGAAUAUCCUGAUUUUGAAUCUUAUCAUGUUCAAGAUGAAGAAUUUGAAUCAGACAGAGAAAAAGAGCAAGAUGAAGAAAUUCAACCGGCUAAACAACAAGGAAAUAGUGAAGAAUCAAAAUCACAUAAAGAACAACAGCAAGAUAAAUAUCAAGAGCUUGCAGAAGUAUACUCAGAUAGGAAACAAGGCAAAAAAAACGAAUCUGUUAGAGAACAACCAGAAAAAGCUGUAGAGUCUGAGUCUAAAAGAAUACAAGAGCACGACUUUGAAAAGGAAUCUAAUAAAGAACAAGAACAAAGUGACGAAAUAGAAUCAGAUAGAGAACAAAAUCAAGAAAAUGAACAAUUAAAGUCUGAUAAAGAUCAUGAUCAGAGUAAACAGCAUGAGUCAAAUAUAGAACAAGGGGUAAUGGAAGAUAUUGAAACUGAUAAAGAACAGAGUAAAGAAUUAGAGUCAGAUACAGAACAAGAGCAUAAUGAAAAACUUGAGUCUGACAAAGAACAUGAAAAAAGUCAAGAAUCUGAGUCAGAUAGAGAACAAGAGGAAGAAGAAGAAAUUAUAACUGAUAAGGAACAAGAGAAAAGCUAUGAAUUCGAGACAGACAGAGAACAAGAUCAAGAUGAAGAACUUGAGUCUGAUAAGGAACAAGAACAGAGUCAAGAAUAUGAGUCAAAUAGAGAACAAGAGGAAGAAGAAAUUGUAACUGAUAAAGAACAAGAGCAAAGCUAUGAACUGGAGUCAGACAGAGAACAAGAUCAAGAUGAAGAACUUGAUUCUGAUAAAGAACAAGAACAGAGUCAAGAAUAUGAGUCAAAUAGAGAACAAGACGAAGAAGAAGUUGUAACUGAUAAUGUACAAGAGCAAAGCUUUGAAUUGGAGUCAGACAGAGAACAAGAUCAAGAUGAAGAACUUGACUCAGAUAAAGAACAAGAAAAGAGCCAAGAAUAUGUGUCAAAUAUAGAACUAGAAAAAAGCGAAGAUAUUGAUACAGAUAAAGAACAAGAACAAAGUGAAGAAGAAUCAGUGCCAGACAGGGAACAAGAAUCAGAUGAUGAAUCAGAGGACGCUUUAUCAUAUAGAGAGCAAGAAGCAUCUGAACUCGAUCAAACUGUAGAGGGGUCUAAUGACUUGUCAAUGCAAUUAAGGCAGAAAAACCUAGAAAUGUUCGAUAGAAUCAAGCAAGAAAAUGCUGAAAGGAGACGUAAAAUGCAGGAACAAGUAAUGAAUUCCCUCAAAAUGGCAAGGCAAUAUAACCCGUUCAAAAUUCCCGAAAUACCUAAAACAAACAAAGUAGUGAAAGCUAUUAAGAAACCAGCUAAGUCAAAACCGAAGCCUUCUCCCUUCUUUAGUGAGCCGUUACCUCCAGAGAUCUUAGAGGAUAUGAAAUAUAAACCCCCUAAGAGGUUUCAAGGAAAGAACGCCGCGUGGAUUACUAAGAGACUGUACAAAUAUUUGGAAGAUAAACUGGAGCCAAAAUACGAUUAUCGCGCUCGAGUCCGCGCAGAGAAGCUCGUGGAGAAACUCUAUCACUUUGCUAAGGACGUACGCAAACUGCCGGUCGCGCCGCCCGCCGCCAUCGACGACCUCAAGCGCGAGAUGGCGCGCCUGUGCAUCGUGAGCACGCACUACGACUUCUACUGCUUCUUCCACGACUUUAUGCCCAGGGAAAUAAGGAUCAGGGUAAACCCUGAUAUUCUAAACAAGAUACCAGCACCUAGAAGUAUGUUUGCAGACAUAUUAGAAGACAAUAGUUAAACAAUGUCCAGUGACUCGUUUUGUACAGGAAUAUAUUUUUUGGUAGGGUCGGUCUCCUGGUGAGAUACCGAACUUUCAAAGGGAAUAUUCAUUCCUCCACCAACCAAAUGACAUUAUUUAACUAAAUGACAUAUCCUAACUCGCCUACGUUUGCUUGUUUUUUGUUUUUGUGUUUGUUGACAAACAGCUGUGUUUCUGAGUUACGCGUUUUCUGUAAUGUGUGCAAAACAUUAUAAAAACAUGCAGAUAACGAGUUCUAAUCGCUACUAUAUCUGUGCGGUGGUAAUAAAUAUAGACGUUGCUCAAAAUGCCUGGUCUGCGCGGGCCCUUAUUCCAAAUACCUACGGAUUAAUGGACCCUUCACAUUAUGUAUUAAAAAUUAUGAACUCAAGUGUACAUAUAUAAAAAUCUUUGUAUUAAAAUUCCCUAAUUUAAUUUUUAAGUGUUUUGGAUUGUUGUAGACGAUUGAUUAAUGAUUGAUAUUAUAAUUACUAAUAAAUGAUUACAUUUUG